ACUGUUUGAUUUACAAACAAAAUUUUAAAAAGAGAGUUGUAUUUAGAAGACAAAGUCGUCUUCUUUCCCAUCAUCAGAGAUUUGAAAGUGUGUGUGUGUGUGUUUAUAUUUUGUUUUUUGUUAUACAGAGAGCAACCAAUUUUGUGAGGAGGAAGAUCUGAGAUGGCAACUUUUGGAGGAACAACCCAGAAGUGUACGGCGUGUGAUAAGACUGUGUAUUUGGUUGAUGAGCUUACUGCUGAUAACAAAGUCUAUCACAGGGCUUGCUUCAGAUGCCACCACUGUAAGGGGACUCUCAAGUUGUUCAAUUAUUCGUCCUUUGAGGGCGUUUUGUAUUGCAAGCCUCACUUUGAUCAACUGUUUAAGAUGACUGGGAGCUUGGAUAAGAGUUUUGAAGGAACUCCAAAAACUGUUAGGGUUGAGAGAUCUGCUGAUCAGGUAAAAAAUAGCAGAGUUUCCAGUAUGUUUGCUGGAACUCAGGAGAAAUGUGUUGCUUGUAAGAAAACUGUUUACCCAAUUGAGAAGGUGGCAGUAGACGGCACAUCAUACCACAAAGCCUGUUUCAGGUGUACCCAUGGUGGCUGUGUGAUUAGCCCAUCAAAUUAUGUGGCACACGAGCACCGCCUAUAUUGCAGGCAUCACCACAAUCAACUCUUCAAGCAGAAAGGUAACUUCAGCCAACUUGGCAACCAUGAACAGGUUAAAGGAGACCAUGAACAGGUUAAAGGAGUGACUGAGAAUGCAACAGCUUAGUGAUACUGUGAAAAGUUUUCUUGUUUUAAUGUGAGAAUCUGUGUUUGUCUGGAUAGCAAGUUUGCUAGCAAGAGUCGGGUACAUCUGUUAAAGCAUACAAGAAGAGCUAUGUGAUUUUGUUUCUUUUUCUAUAUAUAUGUAAUAAGCCAUUGCAGACAUAUGUUCAGUACAGUAGUUUGGUUUUUGCAGAAA